AUGACCAAACUCUUCACCCCACUCCGCGUCGGCCGCGUCGAGCUCUCCAACCGCAUCGCCAUGGCCCCGAUGACCCGCUUCCGCGCCGACGACAACCACACGCCACUCCCCAUCGUGAAAGACUACUACGCCCAGCGCGCCGCAGUCCCAGGCACGCUCCUAAUAACCGAAGCGACCUCCAUCUCCGCCCGCGCGGGCGGAUACCCCAACGUACCGGGCAUCUACAACGACGCCCAGAUCGCCGCCUGGAAAGAAGUAACUGACGCCGUGCACGCCAAGGGCAGCUACAUCUACCUACAGCUGUGGGCGCUAGGGCGAGUCGCAAACCGCGAUCUCCUCCAAGCCGAAGGCUUCGAUCUCGUGUCUAGUAGUGCGACGGCGGCGAGCGCAGACGCACCUGUGCCGCGCGCGCUCUCCGAGACCGAGAUCCACGAAUGGAUCGCGGACUAUGCGCAGGCGGCGCGGAAUGCCGUUGCGGCUGGCUUCGACGGCGUCGAGAUCCACGCCGCUAAUGGGUAUUUGAUUGAUCAGUUCACGCAGGAUACGUGCAAUACGCGCGUCGAUGCGUGGGGUGGUAGUGUGGAGGGUCGGGCGAGGUUCGCGGUUGAGGUCUCGCGCGCUGUUGUUGAGGCUGUUGGUGCUGAUCGUACGGGGAUUCGGUUUAGUCCUUGGAGUACGUUCCAGGGGAUGCGGAUGAAGGAUCCUAAGCCACAGUUUGAGUAUCUGGCGGCGCAGAUGGCGAAGCUGGGUCUUGCGUACACGCAUUUGGUUGAGUCGAGAAUCGCGGGGAAUGCUGAGGUUGAGGCGACUGAUGAGUUGGAUUUCUUCUUGCGGGCUUAUGGAAAGGCUUCGCCUGUCAUUGUUGCUGGGGGAUAUGAGGCUGCUUCGGCAGUUCAGGCGGCUGAUGUCCAGUAUGCGGAUUAUGAUGCUAUUGUUGGUAUUGGACGGCCGUUUAUUUCGAACCCGGAUUUGCCGUUCCGUGUUCAGAAGGGCAUUCCGUUCGUGCCGUAUGAUAGGAACACUUUCUAUAUCCCCAAGGACCCUAAGGGAUACACUGACUAUGCGUUCAGUGAUGAGUUCCAGAAGUCUAUUGAGGCUGCGGCUUGA